CGUGACUUUGUGUUAUGCCGCCAUCUUGCCGGUCAACUCGUUCCUACGUGUUCGUACAGAUUCAGUUUGAUUUCUGCGCUACAUUUUCACCGAUUUCAUCCGAAUUAUGGCUGAUUUGCUAUCCAAUGAAGUUGUGCAUUUGGAUGAAGAGUCCAAGAAACGUUACCGAGAGAAGUUGAACCUUGUUGGCACAACGGAUCCGUACCUUUUACCGAGAAGCAUGCUAAAAUCACCUGAGCAUUUUGCAACAGCCGACCUGCCUGAUCUCUCAUAUCCAGACAUUUAUAAUUACCUCGUCGAUUCACCAUCUCCGUACACUGGAAAGGACCUUAAGGCAUACAAGAGUCUGGAUGCCUACAAGUAUUUUACAGCAGGUUUUGUGCAUGAUGGGCUGAUAUGGCAGAUUCCAAACAAGAAUCGAUUUCUGCUCAUGACCAAGGUAAGACACUCUCAACGGAUGAAUGCUCCUCCCCUCAGACCUUGGGUAGCAAUAGCGAAAGAUGGCCAGAUCCUGUGCUGCCACUGUACCUGCAUGGCUGGAUUGGGUGAAACAUGUUCACAUUCAGCAGCAUCCCUGUUCGCCCUGGAGACAUUAAUACGUAUGAAGACAGCCACUUCAUGCACAUCACUACCUUGUCAGUGGCUGAAACCAUCAGCAUCGCACAUAGAAUCUGCUGAAGGAUGCAAUAUCAAUUUUGCCCGUCCAGCCCAGAAACGAAAGUCAGAAGUUUCAACUCCUGAGGAAAGUGCUGCGAGAAAACUGCUGAAUGUUCUUCCACCAACUGAAGAGCAGAAAGCUGCCUUUUACAAGGCUUUGUCUGAAUGCGGUGGAAGACCAGCAAUUUUGAGCAUUGUCCCUGACUAUGCUGAAAGUUAAAGAGCUGGAAAAGUAAAACAGAAAAAGUUGUUUCUGUAAGAUUCUUUCCUCGUAUUUAUUACAGAAAAAAUAUGGAUGCAACAUCAUUACUCAAAUGGUACAAUUGGGUCGGAUAAAUUUGUAAGUGCGCAUGACACUUGUACAAUUUUAUCUAAUGUUGUGAAACCACUGUCAUCAGAUGACAAUAAAGAGAUGGGUAUGAUAUUUUCCAUCAUGGUAUACUUUUGUCUUGCGAGUCCAAUAACUCUCUCUACAUGGAUACGGACAGCAGCUAAUCCUCUGGUGCCCUCAACAUCUAGUGGAUUAAGCUGUUUUUUACCUUUAGUAAAAGCGGGUAUCUUGAGGUUGGUCUGGUGCAAACCAAUGGAAUCACCGACAUCGAAUCCCCUGUCAGCCAAGAUCAGAUCGCCUGGCAGUAGAUGGGUCAGAAAAUCGCUUUGUUCGACAACAAACUUGUCACUGGCACGACCACCCCAGCCCUUGAAGAUAAACGAUAUGGUACCUUGUGGAGUAAUGCCAAUCAGAUAUUUCAUUGUAUUGUGAGACUUGUAGUUUGAAUAAGUUUGGGCCCUGGCUUUCAGAUCACUCUGCCGCUCGAUGAAUAUCUCGAAACAAUCAAUGACGCAUGCACACUUGCUGAAUUUAGAACGAAAGGACAUUGGUAAACUCAGUCUAAGCUGCUCACGCUCAGGCCAAACCACUAGGGUUGGAACCAGUAUACCAUGCAUGACAUGGAUGACACUUCUGAAACUCCUGGAAAUACUAGCAGUGGAAACAUCAUAUGUGUAAGCCAAGUACUAAAGGCACAGAUUCAGCCUCAGUCUGAGUAAUGUCACAAGAAAUUGACUAAAAGGACUCAACUUCAUAUUUUGACUGAGAUGAGGUGCAAUGAAAUUAAAAGUUGUCAUCAUAAUCAUGUAUGAUGGCAGACCAGUCAAAAACGUUACUUUGUCAUCAUUACCCUUGAAAGAUUCUUCAUUCCAUGUACAGCGUUUCAAACUGUCCUUCGGUUCAUCAAGUUCUGCACGCAGAUUAUUACACUCUGCAGUGAGGGAAUCAAUUGCUUCCCCAGUGAUAUCCGUCUGUGUGGCAGUAGUCCCCAUGCCUUCUUUUCGAAUCUCAGCGUGCACCACAUCUUCACCAGCGGGUAGUUGAUCAUUUUCACAAGGGACAGACUGGGAAAUAUUGACAAGUGCUGCUGCUGCUGCCAAUGCCCUCUCGCGGUCUCUCUUACGCUGCUUGAGAUUUUGUCUUCUCUCAAAGAUCUUCAUUGAACAUUUGAGUUUUCGUUUGUGAGGUGACUGGGUAUGCUCAAAUAUACUUGGCACAUAGUCUGGGGAUAGUGGAUCUUCGCUUUUUGCACCUGAAACAAUUAAACAAUCACAUUAUUCAUAAUGACUGCCAUAAAUAAUUAAGCACGUUGUUGAUGGGGAUAUACCCAGUUCAAUUUGUUUUGUAAUGGCAUUUCAUAACUUGACAUAUUAAAAAACUGAAUAGAGUGAAAUCAUUCAGAUACCUGUCUGUUUAAGUUGCUACCGUUUUUAUAUUUUUUAUUUUUUUUCAUGAUGCCUCAUCUGAUUGGCUUGAAAACUUUACCAAUAAAAAUUUUAACCUUGUGCCAAUGGCUUGAAAACUUUACCAAUGUAGAUUUUACCUUGUGCCAAAUGAAGUGACAAAAAGCCUCUUGUUCAAAAAUGCUUCAUUAGAAACAAGAGAGUUUCUAAUGAACCACUACCUGCUACCUCUGUCUUUUUCUCGUUUCUCCUCCUCUUCUUUUCUCUUUUUUCUUCCCUGGGCACCUGACAGUUUUGGCCGUUUUGACAUCUUGUGUUGAAGGGAGGGGGCGCACCGUGCGGGGGGAUGGGGGUG